GAAAAUUAUAAACCCAAUAGGCUUUCUUUAAAGUCAUAUUGUCAAAAUUAAACCAAAAAAUGUCAGUCUGCUAAAGUCAAAAUCUCUAUAUUUUCCGACCCUGUGGUAGAUUCAGAUCAAUUUUAUUUCCAGUUUAAACAUUAGCACGGGAAAGCAGCAACCGCUUUGGGUUAGCAUCCUGGCUUGACAAUGGAAGUGCCGCAGCAGGUACCAGCGUCAGAGCUUCCCAGUACAUCAUCGUCCAGUACUGCAGCUUCAUCCACAACCAACGUAAACUACGACAAAAUUAUGUGGACUGGAGGCGACAUAACGGAAGCCAUGUCCGAGGAGGAGCCUUCUACAAGUCAAUUACGACAAAUCGCAUCUGAUUCUGGGGCAGCAACAGCCUCAAUAGAGGCGAAUCCAUCUACAACAUCAUAUUCCUUCACUGGAAAAGAUUUAAAAUCUAGUAUUUCCUCUGACAAUGAGUCCAAACCGAAUGACCCCACUACUAACUCGGAAGGCGCCGAGAGCAAGGAUAAGAAUGCGGAACAAAACGAGGAGUCACUAUACGAGUGCAACAUUUGUCUGGACACGGCAAAGGAUGCGGUGGUGAGCAUGUGCGGCCACUUGUUUUGCUGGCCAUGUCUGCACCAGUGGCUCUUGACACGGCCCAAUCGCAAGCUCUGCCCCGUGUGCAAAGCGGCUGUCGAUAAAGAUAAGGUUAUACCACUCUAUGGCCGCAACAGCACUCGCCAAGAGGAUCCUCGCAACAAAGUUCCACCACGUCCCGGCCACAGAACAGAGCCAGAGCCCGCCCCUGGCUUUCCAGGAUUUGGUUUCGGUGAUGGUUUCCACAUGUCAUUUGGCAUUGGUGCCUUCCCCUUUGGCUUUAUAACAUCUUCGCUUAACUUUGGAGAACCACGUCCGGCAGCUGCCAAUCGUGGCACAAUGCAAUACGAGGACGAGCAAAACCUUUCGAAACUAUUUCUUUUGAUUUCCUUCCUUUACAUCGGAUGGCUGCUAUUUGCAUAGCAAGUGGCGGGAGCGGCGCGAGACAGCUCGUAAAUAGCAAUAAUCAAUAUAAAAAUCUGAUGUAUGCAAAGUGGGCGGUCGGGCGUACCGUCUAAUUUCUGUCAUGCAAGUCGUUGUUGAUUUUGGGAAAGAAAAUAAUAACUACUUUUUACUUAUA